UUUUUGUCGUUUCGACGACGUGUUCACACUUCAUUUUACAUAUCUAUAUAAACUAUUUUAACCUCUCUCGCGCCACAUAAACCCAAAGCCACGCAGACAUCAUUAUUACUAUCCACAUUUGAGGUGUGUUAUGUAAGCAUACACCUUUUUUCUUGAAACAUUAAGCUUAUACCAUUCCGGCAAAAAACAGUAUACAAUACAGUAUACUUCUCUCUACUCACAACUCGAGAGCUUGGAGUGAGAAGUUGGGAAAAGGUAAUCAUUUAUUAUUUCUCUCUCUCUAUAUAUCUAUUUCACUCUUUGGAGUGAGACGCGAUGGAACAAGAGCGCAAGAACAAUAUGAACGGGAUGGAAAUGGAAAAAGGAAAGAGGGAGAGUGGGUCGAGAAAAGGUCUUGAAUUAACGAUGAGAGUGUUGGCUUUGGUUCUUACAAUGGUGGCUGCAACUGUACUUGGUGUCGCGAAACAGACAAAGGUUGUGUCUAUUAAGCUUAUUCCAACUUUGCCUCCUCUUGAUGUCUCGACAACAGCCAAAGCUUCUUACUUGUCUGCCUUUGUGUACAACAUUUCGGCAAACGCUAUAGCUUGCGGUUACGCAGCAAUCUCGAUAGCGGUUCUGAUGAUCUGCAAAGGCAGAAGAAGCAAAGGGUUGUUAAUGGCGGUUUUGAUAGGAGAUCUUGUAAUGGUGGGUUUGCUAUUUUCUGGCACUGGAGCCGCCGGUGCAAUCGGGCUAAUGGGUUCACAAGGGAAUAAACAUGUGAUGUGGAAGAAAGUUUGUAACGUCUUUGGAAAGUUCUGUCACCAAGCUGCUGCUUCUGUUGCCAUCACUCUUAUUGCUUCAAUUGUGUUUAUGCUUCUUGUUGUUCUUGAUGCUAUGAAGCUUCCUUAAAUUUUUAAUACCCUAAAACAAUGCUUUAAUUUGCUGUUUCUGCUUGUUUCUUGUCAUUUGUUAUGUGUAAAGUCAUUAUCAACAAUCAUGCAACUGUCUAUUUGCUUUUAAUGUUUUAUCAAAUUGUAUUCUUUAGUCAAA